UUUGAUGGAAUUUUUGUGUGUAAAAUUACCAUUUCUGUUUGGAACGAGAUGAAUUGACAUCCCUUUGAGCAGCAGUUGAGUGAGUGAGUAGUGAAGACGAAGAUGACAAUGAAAAUGGAAGAACAAGAUCUGAAAUUAGUUCCACCAACAGCAACACUUCAAAUUGAUAAAGACCUCACUCUCCUCCCACGCAUCAAACUCAACCUCACCGUACACCCUUCUACACCUUCAUCACUCACCACUCCUAUCGACGAAUGGAAAAUGAAACUAUCCAUACUCGAUUUCCUCCAUACCUCUCUCUCCAUUUCCCUCCCCGAACAAAACCUCCUAUUCAAACGCUUCAACAAAGACCUCAAAAAACGCAAACGCGAAGACCCCGUCGUGUGCGGCACGCUCCAUAUAUGGGACUUAUCUUUUCUAACCGACCUAAACGACGUCGCCGAAUGGAGAAACCGUUUAGUUGACAAGAUGAACGGCAUUGAGUUGAAUCUUCAAGGUGUUAGGUUUACGCUAUCUGUUGCUGUUCCUCAUUCUGAUCAUUUUGAAUCUAUGAAGAAAAAUUGGGAAGAGUUUUAUGCUUUUCAGAAUCUUAAUCGGAGUUUUAGGCGCGAACCUGAUACGAUUGUGAUUUCUAAUGUGCCUUCGCGAUGGUUCGCUGAACCUAGAGUUUCUUCUAAACCUUCUAUGCUUGUUACUCAUACUAUCUUUUCCAAGUUUGGCAAGAUAAGGAAUCUUAAUGUUGCCGAGGACGAUUAUUCAGGUAAGGAUGCAAAUGAAGACAGUGGAGACCUAGUUUCGGGGCUUUACUGCAAGAUUGUGGUUCAGUUUGAGAAAUAUCAAGACUUCCAUGAUGCAUUGAGAGUUCUCUGUGGUCGCUCUUUGCAAAAGCAAGGAUCAAGGUUAAAGGCUGAUUAUGAGGUUACUUGGGACAAAGAUGGAUUUUUUCGUAAUCCAAGGAAUCAAACUCAAGAGAAAAAUAGCAUGAUAUCCACAAAUUCAGCUGAUCAUUACAGAAGUGAAGCUCCACGACGCCAAGUCUACAACUCUCGCCACAGUCCAGAUAAAGUGCGCCCGAGGAGAUUCAAGGAAUAAGGACUCAACACUUUGUUGUAUUUUGGAUACAAACUUGGCAACAUUGCUGUUAUGGACUGAACUCAAAUUUAGACUCGUAGAGUGUUCACUGACUUGGGCCUUCAGGAAUCUACUCAAGCUUGUGAGAUGUGAUAGUGGGAUUAUCUUCAGAGAUCAGCUGUAAUAACAUUUUAUAAUCUCAUUUUUUUUCAAAUUAUGAAGAGCCUUAGCUCACAAGUUAAAGUUGCUGCCAUGUGACUAAGAUCACAAAUGUAAGGUAAAACUGUAUACACACAUACAUGCAUAGUUGGUGGAAACUUUAUAACUCUAUGUUGUCCAUUAAUGUUCCAUGUUUAAGACUUGAGUCAUUAAAAGGCUGAUAUUUUGCUGAUCGA